AAAAGUACCAAAAAAGAAGUUACGUUUACUCAAUUCACAUCAUCUUCUUUGUAACAGUCGUAUAUCAGUCUCGCUAUCAAUUCUUACUCUCAGAAAAAUUCAUAUACGGUUGUUGCAAAAAGGAAAUUAUUUCAAAUAUUUUGUAAUUGAAAAAAAAAAAUUGAAUUUCUACAUCAAUUAAUCAUGGGAUUUCUCCACAAACUCUGGGACGAAACUUUGGCGGGCCCCGCACCAGAAUCGGGCCUCGGUAAGCUGCGGAAGUACAACUCUUUCAACGCUGCCGGGCCGCCGCCGCCCGAUGACGUUCAGAUCUCUCGGAGCAUCACCGUCCUACGUGGCAACGCCCACCGGAAUCUCACCGUCUCCGUUGGCGCUCAAUCGGCACCUUCAUCUCCUUCUGGAUCCACUGCUCCAAAUUCGCCUUUUUCGCCAAGUAGCCCGGGCGGGAAUGUUAAGAAGCUGUCGAGGAGAAAAUCUGCUGCUAAUGCUAUGCACAACUCUGAUCCCAAGAGCCCCACAAGUGGCUACGAUUGGAUUCUGCUAAAUUCAUGGGACCGUUGAAUGGCUUUGGAGGAAAGUGAGAAUGAAGAAAAAUGACACAUUUGUAAAUAUUACCCUUAAAUUUUAUGUUCAUAUUAUGUACAGUAGUGUUUUUUUUAGCUAGUCAUAUAUUUAAGAUGGAUCCUGUUGAGAAGUGGAUCCAAUCAAUGUUUGUGGUUAUUUUAAUUUGUUGCAAGAUUAUGGAGUCCUUCUUCUAGUGAAGAAAGUGAUGUAGUAUUAAUUUGUAUAUAAUUCCUUUACU